AUGCCUUCAUCCUUCCAGGGGAAAAAUGGAAGAAUUUCCUACAUCAUGGAAGCAAAGAUAGCUAGGAGCUGGCAUUGGUCCUCUGAUGCACAAAAAGAGAUCAAGUUUAUGUCCAGGUCCAGUCCACACACUGUCCAAAUGAUGCAUCCGCAAUCUGGUUCAGUGAGUAAAAACAUGGGUGGUCGCUCCAGGGGACAGGUCCAGAUGUCUGCCACUAUUAACAGAGGUGUUUGUUCUCCAGGAGAAACUUUAUCUGUUGUUGCCAAAAUAUGCAACUCCUCUUCCAAGGAAAUGAGACCCAAAUUCAAACUUCAACAGAAAAUAGUGUACAGCUGCAAGAAACAUACUAAUCCCACCUUCAAGACUCUGUGCAAAAUGGUUGGGGACACUAUCAGUCCAAACUCAGAGCAAACUGUGUCCUGCAAAAUUAAGAUUCCUGGUGACAUUGCCCCCACUCUCCAUAACUGUGAUAUUAUCUCAGUUAAAUAUUAUGUCAAGGUGUAUCUGGACAUUAGUUUUGCCUUUGACCCAGAAGUGACAUUUCCACUGGUUGUCCUUCCUUCCAGACUUGCUCCCAUAUGGCCCGAUGAGGCUUUAGGACAAUCUGUGGGGGAGGGUGGGGCAGCCAAGGCCACCAGUUACAAGGUACAUGUUGUACCUACAGCAUCAGAUGCUUGCCAAUACCCCAUCCCCGAUCCCCCUCUGGAUGAUGACAUAAAAGAAGGCAAUUAUAACCAGUUGCCUCAAGGUGCUACUUCACUGGGGUUCUCAGCUCCAGCUUUCUCAGUGGAUUCAAUGCAGCAACCAGCUAUUCUGCAGGGAGAACCAUCUCCAUUAUUUACUUCCAUUUACAAGCAUUAGAUUGAGUGAUUGUGGAAGUUGAACUGGAUUAAGUGAAUAGGCUGAAGAUUAACAAUAAGGGCCAGGUACCUGUUAAACAGGGUAGUGAAAGUUCUGAAAAUCAGAAGUGAGAUACAAAAGCAUGUGUGUGGCUUAGGUGGGUGUUGAAACAAGAGCACAAAGCAACUCUUUGGUUUCAUUCUAUAAUACCAGGCUUAUUUUUCUACGAAGAUUUGAACUUUGAGGGUGUUUAAACAGGGGAGAAAAGUGUGAAGAUGUUCAUGCCUGUCUGAGAAAAGUGUAUAAAGUGUGUGGUGAGGGAUUUUACAGCCUUAAAACAUCUAUAAAAAUAAAGUUUGCUACUUUUCGAUUUCACUUAUUAUUUAGUUAUUUUUAGAAUGUAACUCUCACGAUAAACAAGGGAACACUGUAGAGCUAAGUUGCAGUCGUCAGUCACCU